CUGAAGGUGUUUAGAUAUAGUUGAGAUGCUACUAUUUAGCUAUGUUCUUGCACAUGUGGGCAGUUAGAAGAAAGUCUGGUUUCUUUGAUGAAGAGUCAUUGCUAGUUCUCAUUAAUCUAGAAUCUGAAAUUCAAGCUGUUACAUUGAAAUGGCUGUUGAGGCCAUAAAAAAAGUUGUCAUCUAACUAAACUCAUCAGCCUUCUGGAAAUCUCUUAUGAUCUACACAAGCUGGAAGUUACAGAAAUGAACAUCUCUUCUUUACAUGGAAUCGUCAGUCUCCCCAUGGGAUGGUUGAAACCAAAUUCUUCUUCUGCUAACCGCAGCAAAACUUGGAAUGAUGGGCUGUUCAAGAAGGAUACUGGAAUGACAAAUCUCUUCCUUUUGCCACCCUCCCCAACAUAUACUGCCACAAAUCCUUUAGGAACAUCUGAGGAUAUUGAAGAACAUCUACGGGGACUUGGCCUGGGAAGGACACUUGGACAGAGAAUAGCCAUUUUCUUCUCUAGUUGAGCUGUAUGUGGGAAUUUUUCUUUUUGGGAAGUAUUCAAUAACAAUUGUGAGGCUUGGUUGGGUUGUGAACUAUCAAUAGCUUCUCUCUUUAUAUAGUUUGAAUGGUAUGCUUUGAUAUCCUUUACCAUGGUGAGUGUGUGGCCUGGAAUUCCAGCCGGAAACACUGUUAAUGAAGGUGAUGGUCCCUUCUGUCUUCCACCUAAUUAAGAAAUUAUAGGCUUGAAAACGUUUCUGUGCUGGCUAAUGUAUGAAGAUUGGGCGACAGUAGGUUGGAGCUGCAAACAAACCGAAGUCAAUGAAUCGUGAUAAAGGCAAGAGAGAUGGAUAGUUGGUGGUCUAUGUAGUCGUCAAUGGACUAGCAACACAAAUGGCCCAUUGCUGGAGACAAUCAAUGCACCAACAGUUUGAAAUCUUAUAGCAUGGAUAAAGAAAAGAACUUGCUGAAGCAGCAUGACCAUAAUUUUGAUCACAUUGUCCGCCAAAUAAAAUAUUAAUUCCUAUCUCUUAUUUCCUAGAAACAAAGUUUUCAGGAAACAUCUAAAGUUAGCUGAGCUCCAAAUGCAGAUGGCAGCACCACCGGCCUUCUCAUAUAGAAUUCACAAUUCUCUGUCGGGGGAAAUGUUCCCCUUUGCUUUUCCUUUCUGGUGAGUCCUUCUCUUUAUUUAUUGCUGUGUUUUCUUCUUCUUCUUAAUAUGAAUUUUGCUUUGUUCUUAAGUUUGUAAGUUCAUCACGGUCAGCGCCAGUGUUUGGAGUGCUGAAGUUACCCUAAAAUUUUUUGUCUCUAAGGACAAAUGCACAUGAGUAUCAGGAAAGGGAACCAUGUACUUGUCGACGUCUAAAAUCUUGUGUGGGGUCCUUGUCUUGAUUUUCCUUCCUUAAUCCAUGAGUUUGCGGCACGCUAUGUAUCCUGGUAAAGUGCAGAACAAAUUGGAAAACACUGUCAAACUCUUGAUUCUGAGUUGAAUUGGAUGCAUAACCAUGUGAUCCGGCAACUGUCAUUAUACUCAGCAAGCCCCACUCCUAGCCCUUUCACCUCUCAACCACAUUUCCUAGACUCCUACCAUUCCAAUCAUUUAUGGACACAUGCAUCAUUAUCAAUCAAACCACUCAAAAACUUUCGUUUAACUGAUUUUUCUGGGUGGUCAUCUAAUCAGAGGGUUAUGAUUUAUGAACCAUUGCUGCUGUACUUCCUUUGAGGUAAAGAUGAACAUUGUCAACCACUCAACCUUCAGAUCUCUAGUUAAAUAUACAAUCAACUGUGUCAUUUCAACCUGUUGGGCUGCUACUGCAGUAACUGAAGUAAAUAUAUUAAAAUGCG